AUUUUAAUAUGUUGUGAUUUUUCGCGGCCACUGCUUUUGCCAGGUCUCUCCUGUGUAUCUCAAUGGGCCUUCCUGGUAAAAUACACUUUAAAAUAUUACAAAAAAAAAAAAAAAAACACUAAAGGAAUUUUAACCAGGAGAAGUUUCGGCUGGUUGCAAUCUAUAAUUCUCGCCACUAGAUGCCACUAAUUCUCCCUAAGUCUAACACACUGCUCCUUUAAUUCUUGCCCCUGACAAAUACCCCCAUAAUUAUAGAUACAAAUAAAACUAAACUCACCAAAAUAACAGCUAAAUGAAAACUACACAUUUUAAGUAAAUAAAAACUAAACUGAAACAAGCAAACACACAGCAAAACUAAGUGAAACUAAACCGAAUUGGAAAAUAAAAAUAAAAAAUAAAAUAAAAAUAAAGACGAAUGAAAAACACAAAACCAUAAUAACUUUGUAAGCAUGUGCAGAUAUGUUGAUUUGCCACCAGGAGUGUAGUAACUAAGAUCCAACAUGUUUUCUACUACUUUACAUGUAAUUUCACAACAUAAUUCAUUAUCAUGUCAAUAAGCAGCUGUAAAUACACAAUCUGAGGGAAAUGUCUGGCCAUGAAAGAGUUAAGCAAUAUGCCCUGCCUCUGUCAGGAAUUAUUAACUGCUUUGCAGCUGAGUUAUUACAAAGACUUGUGGCAUGAAGGGAAGCGUUCAACAAGUAAGACAAUGAAGUGGGUGAAGAGUUAAAUGCUGGUAGCAGAGCAGAGUGUGUGAGUGUGCGGGAGUCAACAGCAGGAGGAGGAUAAGAAAGUGCAAGAUAAGAGAGCAAAUAUAUAAAGGGCGAAAGAGGCUAAAGGCAAAGGAGCACAACAAAGGCAAACAAGACGGGAGAUAGAAAAAGAAUAAAGCCAAACAAAGGAGACUGUUUUGGAACAGAGGUUGGAGAAGGAUUAAUUGGCAACAGAGCAGAAAGAGAACAAGUUAAAACACACCAACAUGACGCACCGACUGUUCGAGGGGAAGGAUCAUGCCUCUGUCUACCAAAAGUAUCGCUUUACACCUCCAGAUGAGCUCAAGAACAUUAUUCUUCAGUAUCUUGAUACAAAGGUACGCUAGACUGGCUGAUGACAGAGGGAUCAACUAGCUAUGACUUACCGUCUGUAUGAAGGCAAGGAGCAUGCAUCUUCCUACUGGAAGUACAGGAUCUCUCCAGCAGAUCAUCUUUUGCAACAAGUGCUUGACUUCCUGGAAAAACAAAAAGGUCACCCCUUUGAGCUGGCAGUGGAUGUUGGUUGCGGUUCAGGACAGGGCACAGUGCUGCUGGCCAAACAUUUUGCCUCUGUGGUUGGGACAGAUGUUAGUCCUGCCCAGGUGGAGUUGGCUUUGCAGCACACUAAAGAGCCAAACAUCACAUAUAGACAGGGUGUGGCCGAGGAGCUGCCAAUUGCCGACGGCUCAGUGGACUUGAUAACAGCCAUGUCUGCCUUCCACUGGUUCGACCGACCACGCUUUCUCAAGGAGGCCCACAGAGUCCUGAAGCCUCGUGGCUGCUUAGCGCUGCUCAACUACACAAUUGACAUGGAGCUCAGCUACCCUGACUGCUGCUCCAAUACACUCAACCAAGUCUGCAAAGAGUUGUAUGCAGCCUUGCAUCCUUACCGCAGUCCUCACCUGGGUGCCAGCUCAAUUGAGUUAUACCGGGAGGCCUAUAAAUCCAUCCCUUACCCUGACAAGGAGUGGCAUGAGUGUGUGUGGGUGAAAAGGCCCAUGCCUCUGUCCAGCUACAUGGGGUUGGUGGAGUCUUUCUCGAGCUAUCAGGCUCUGCUGAGAGAAGACCAGCAGAAAGCUGCCGCACUCUCCCAGGACAUCUUGCAAAGGUUGAUGUCCGUAAUGGGGGUCACCUCUGCGGAGACAGAGGUGAUGGUGGCUGUGAAAUAUUUUUACCUUCUGGCCUGCAAACCACAGGAAGCCUGACUCCUGCCAGCCCUCACAGCUUCAACAAAGUCAUGAAGAAACUCAAGCUACCCCCCUAGUCUUUUGUCAACUACUCUCGCCAUGAGAGUGGUACUGAUGUUCUCAUCUAACUCUUGGCUAGAAAGCUUUCCUGGAAAUAUCACACUAUUGCGUUAAAGGGAAGUUGUACAGAUGAUCAGCUGUUUCUAAAAUAAUAAAUGCACAAAUAUACAUUUACUCUUCAAUAUCUGCAUUUCACAUUUCUCUGUCUCUUCUUUUAAGGUGCUGACAAUGUGCAGAUUUACGUUUACAUCAUAUUAGUGAUUGGGUAAAGUGCACAGAAGAUCUUUGUGUGAAGCUUCCAUGAAUAUGGUAGCUACACUUGAAUACUGUAAAUGAAUUUCCCAUUGUGAACAAAGUGCACCAGGGUAGUAUUUGGAGAGGCUGUUUUACAUAAAACCACUAGAGGGAGUCACUUGAUCAAAAGUGAUUAUUGGCAGUUCAUUCUUUUGGGAUGCCAGAUCAUCAUAUUUACUGACAUAUACAAUAAAAUGUGAGCUGUAUGCCAACACAAAUGA